UUUAAUCACUGUAUGUACUGCCGCCGGUGAAAAUGUGUGAUACCGUGAUAGCGGCAAUACAGCGUGUGUAGUGAACAUCGGUCUUUGAUAGUUUGAUUUGAACAGUGUAGUUUUAAAUUACAUCAUUAUUUGCGCAGAUGAAUAUUAAAUUUUGUAAUUAUUGUUAGUUACGAUAAUAUUCUCCAUAAAAACGCUUUUUAAAUUGUGUCAAUAACACACACGUCUUAACUAGUUGUUACCCGUUAGUUCGUUAAUAAUUUAUAACUCAGCAGUGAUUGCAAUAACCGCUUGAAACUGAAUAAUUGGAAUUUUCAUUGAAAAAACUUCGUUUUAAUUCGCAAGUGAUGUAAAUGUGUUAAACUUCAACCAUGAGCCCGAGUAAUAGUAAAUUAUCACCAAGAUGUGAGUCAACAUCAUGCAUUCAAAAUAAAAAUGGGAAAAGGACAUUUCUAACAUCAAAUGAUGAUAUAACAUAUGAUAAUGACAUUUACUAUAAAAGAAAAAAGUCCAUUAAACAUUCACAAGUAGAUAUAAAUAAUGCAGUUCUAUCGUCACCCAAUGGUUAUAUGACCAGAAAUAAACUAAAAAAACAACUCACUAAAAAUAGUGAAUUAAUAGAAGCAACUGCUAUAGAGCAUAACAUUUCCAGAAUAGACAAUGUUAAAAGUAAAGGAGAAAAAGCUUGUAAAAAUAGAAAAUCUUCAAGUCAAAUCUAUAAAAAGAAAUUACAACUUGGAUAUAUUUUUAGUAAUGAUAUUUCUUCUCCAUAUCCUGGAAAACAACUAGAUACUGAAUGCAAAAAAAGUAUUCCUUCAUUAUUUGAAUCAGAUUCUGAUUCAGAAAUCGAUGGUUUUCAGUUAAAUAAUAUUAAAAAAAAUGAAGUUAAAGAAAUAUCUACUUGUAAUUCUAAUCCCGACAAUAUUUGUUCUACACUUAACAAAAAUGUUGAAAUGAGAACCUAUUUUAACAAAAAAUCAUAUUAUAACAAUAAAUCUAAUACCAAAUCUUUAAAUACAUUUGAGAAAAGUAAACAAGAACCUUCAAAAUUAGACAAUAUGGUUCAUGACUCUAAUCUAUUUAAAAACAUUUCACAAAAUUACAGUAGAACCAACAAACCAUUAAAAGGCACAGGUAUUAUAGGUUCCUCAACAAAAGAAUGUGUGCAAACAAAUACUAUGGGUGAUGACUUUAUUAUUGUUACUGAAUCAUUUAUAAGACAAUUAAAUAAUGAAGAUCAAAUGAUAAAAACAGAAUCUCAAGAGCAACAUAAAUCAAAUCAAGUAGUAUCAACAAUACCCUCUACAGAUAAUGAAUUGAACAAAAAUAAUAUGUGUAUUGUUGAUACUAAUAUUGAUAAUACAUGUAGUAAAAACUUUGAUUCUUCAACUUGUUCUGAUUUAUUACUAAAACAAGACAUGGAUGUUAUUAAAGUAUCAGACAAAUGUAUACCAUAUAAAACCACUAAUAUUGUUGAAAAUAGCUUAAUGAGUAUUUUUGAUGAACCGAAAGAAAACAUAUUAGUUGAAAGUUAUACAAAUGUUGAUGAUUUAAUUAACUAUUCGGAUUCUAACACUUCAUCUAGUAUUUCAGAAAACAUAAUUGAACUAAAUAGUUUACAAACUUUUGAUUUUGAUAAUAGUAACUCAGAUUUCUGUAUAGAAAAUCAUCCAACAUCUGAAAAUAAUGUGUUCAAAGAAGAAAAUAUCACGUGUCAUCUUCCCCUAGAUCAGAUUAAAUCUAAUUCAAUUACUGAUCAGUAUUUUGAUACAGUAAUGAAAGAGGAAAUAAAAAUAAAAUCAAACUCUUUUAAUAGUAAAAUAAAUCAUAGUUGCUUACUCGAAAAUGACAAUUUAAGUUCUAAUAAAGAUAAUUAUUCAAAAUUAAAUAAAAAUCUUGGUUCAAAAUGCUAUUGUAAAAACUUUUCUAGUUUCAACAAUAAUGAUAAUAAGAUAUUUACUUCUAAAAUUAAACAUUUUGCAUUUAAUAAUAAUGCUAAGAAAAUACGUCAAAAAAUAUUGCAUCAAAAGCAUUUAGAAGCCAAUAUUUUAAAGAUACUUAUUACCAAAGAGCGCAAAAAUAUCAUUCAAUCAAAAGAUCAUAUACCAAUUUUUGAUUCAAUUUCAAUUAAUAAAAAAUAUGAGAAAUGUAAUAAUUUAAAAGAUAAUGAUCAUAUCAAACCAAGUAUUUUAAGUAUGCUUAAAGAUGUCUAUGUGGAUGUAGACUACCUUACUGAAUACUGUGAUUACAAUACUAGUGAUAAUAAAUUGCCAGAAUCACAUAAAAAUAAUAAAGAUAUCAAAUUCAAUAUUCAACCUUCUAAAGUUAAACCAGUAGAAGACAAUAUCCAUAUUAUGUUUAAAGACAAUAGUGCUUCAACAUCAAACUAUACAACAAAAAUAAAACCAAUUAAUCCUAAACCUUUUUAUGAAAAAGAUGACAAUUUCAAUAAAAAAUAUAUAAUUGAUAAUACUUCUACUUCAAAUAAUACAACAAGAAAAUAUCCAAUUAAUUUUAACUCUUGUGAUGAAAAUAAUGUCAAUUCUAAUAAAAACAAAAUAAUUGAUAAUGUUUCUACAUCAAAUAAUACAAUAAAAAAUAAAUCAACCAAUAUUAAACCCUAUGAUGAAAGUUAUGUCAACUUUCAUAAAAAUGAAAUAAUUAAUGAAGUUAAUACCUCAAAUAGUACAAUAACAAAUAAAUCGACCAAUAUUAAACCCUAUGAUGAAAGUUAUGGUAACUUAAAUAAAAAUGAAAUAAUUAAUGAAGUUAAUACCUCAAAUAGUAUAAUAACAAAUAAAUCAACUAAUAUUAAACCCUAUGAUGAAAGUUAUGUCAACUUAAAUAAAAAUGAAAUAAUUGAUAAUGCUUCUACAUUAAAUACUACAAUGAAAAAUAAACUUGUCAACUUUAAACCUUGUGAUGGAAGUUAUCUUAAUUUUAAUAAAAAUAAAAUAAUUGAUAAUGUUUUUACAUCAAAUAAUACAGUAAUAAAUAAAUCAACCAAUACUAAACUUUAUGAUAAAAAUGAUGUCAACCUUAAUAAAAAUGAAAUAAUUGAUGAAACUAAUAUAUCAAAUAGUACAACAAAAAAUAAAUCAAUCAAUGCUAAACCUUGUGAUGAAAAUAGUGUCAACUUUAAUAAAAAUGAAAUAAAUGAUAAUAUUUUUACUAUAAGUGCUACAAUGCAAAAUAAACUUAUCAACUUAAAACCUUGUGAUGGAAGUUAUCUUAAUUUUAAUAAAAAUAAAAUAAUAGAUGUCAAAAUUGAUUCUAAAAGUAAAAUUAAAGUUGAAGAUAAUUUUAACUUUUAUACUGCUGAUAUAAAAUAUGAUUCAAAAACUGAAAAAUGUUCUGGUCUUAAAAUAAACCCAUUUGACAACAAUCAUUUAAGUGAUAAUACUAUAAUAAUAAAUGAAGAAAAUGAUUCUAAAGAAGAAUUUAAAAUGACUGAAGUAGAAAGUAAUAACAUGCAAUCAAAUAAUAUAUUAUCAUCAGCCAAUAUAAAUAUCAACCAUGAAUUUACUCAAACAAAAUUAACUCAUUUUUUAAAAGAUGAGAAUAAACCAGUUGCUGCAUUAAUUGAAAAUGAAAAAGAAACAAAUAUACUAAAUGUAUUUGAACCACCUCAAUACAAAAACAUUUUUGAUACAAGUGAUAUCAUUAGUUCUAAAGCAGAUAUAAGUUGUCCAAUAUUACCAUACAUAUCUCAAAGUGAUGAGCCUAUAAAUAGUUUAUUUGACCUACCUGCUGAUGAUAUUGAUUUUUCAUUAAAUAUCAAUAGCUCUAAUGAUGACGAUGAUGGUGAUGAUAAUGAUGAUGAUGAUGAUGAUAAUAGAUUACUGAUUGAAGAUAUUGAACAAAAUGUUGAUGGCAAUGUAACUAAAAAUUCUACCCUUAAAUUAGCCAAUAGUUCAAACGAUGAAAGAUCUUUAAACUCAUCUUCAGCUGUGAACACAAAUUUUACAAUUGGAAUUGAACUUUUUGAAAAGAAUUUAAUUAAUCCAAUAAAGAAACAAUUAUCUGACAUAAAUAGUAGCAAAAAUGAAAAAGUGUUAAACACUAUUUUACCAGAAAAAAAAUGUGAUUUAUCUAAUAGUAAUUAUGAAAACUCAUGUUUAUUAAAAAAAGAAAAUAAUUCUCUUGAUGAUUGUAUGUCUAUUGAAAUGUGCAAUGAAUUUUAUAAAAUAAAAUCAUUAAAUAAAAACAUUGAUAAAAAUGAAUCUUUACCAAGGAACAUCAAAGAUAUAUUGAAAGAAAUGUAUGUUGAUGAAUUGUUUAUAUCUACAUGUCAGCAUAUGGUAGACUUAUAUAAUGAUGAUGAUCAAUUAAAAAAUGAUGUGUUUUUUCAUAUGAAUGAAUAUCAAAACAUGCAGUCUGAUAUGACAGUCCGUGACAUUAAAAAUGACAAUGUUGAAAAAAAGAAAAAAUCUGAUUUUAACCAAUUAAUUUCAACCGAUGUAGAAACAUUGUGGAAAACAGAAUUAAAUGGUAUAAACCAAAAUACUAAUAAACCAAGUAAUCCAACUAUUAUUAAGAAUUCUAUUGCUAUGCAAGAACCUAAUGAUGUUAAAAGCAUAUAUCCAGAAUUAAGGCAAUCAAAUUCAACCUUAGAAGAAACAAUAAAAUCAGAAAUUAAUAACAGUAAUCAACAAAUAAAACACAUUAAUCCUAUAAAAACACAAAAAUCUAAUUCUUCACAGAAUCCAAAAAAUGUUAAAAGUAAUAUGAAAAUCAGAAUUCACUUGAAAGAAUUUAUAUUAUCAAAUAAACCACUUAAUGCAAUUUUAGAAUCCAAAGAAUUCAGAAAUUUAAGGUUUUUUGAUGAAGAAGAAAUUGCAAGUUCAAUUGGUGUUUUUCUUUUUGAACAUUCAAUUUGCCCACCAAUAAUAACUGGAUUGUCAGUCUACAAAGAAAAUUAUGAUCAAUUAAAAAAUGAAGAGAAAAAUAAAAUAUUGGCAUCUACAAAUUUAAAUAUUUCUUGCCCAGAAAUAAUGAAACUAACUUCAAUCACUCUAGCAUUGGUAAAAAUGUUGAGAAGUGAUACACUAAUUGAGGUUAUCUUAAACGUUAUACGAAAAAAUGUAUUGAAGAAGCAAAUGAAUACUGAUCAUACAAUUGAUUUUCAAUUAAUAAAACAAACAGUAUACUUUGUUGACAUUUGUGUUAGGUCAAGAAUGCUGAAAACUCUUCAAUUAUUUAUUUUUGAUUCAAUGGUAUUUUUACCUAACAAAUAUUGUUGUAUUAUAUUUCUAUCUUUAUUGUUAUGGAAAAAUUGCUUACCAAGAAGUAUAAAUAAUGAAGAAGACCCAGUUAUUAUAACUGUUAUAUCAUACUUAAUUGCAAAAAAGAAGUUUUAUUCUGAGGAAAUUGCUGGCUGUGAUAUUUUCCAAAGAGAAUUAAUCAACUUACUUUCUUGUCAUUUCAAUUACACAUUUACCACAGAUAUGCCUACCAAUUUUAUUCAACAUAAACACAAACCUGAUUUUUUCGUUUCUGUAGUCAUGUUUUUAAAAUGUUGUAAUCCUAAAGAUUUAGUGGAAUUCAUAGUCAAUUGUCUAUUUCCCAUAAUUGAUAAUUAUCUAAAUACUCAACAAAAUGAAAUGUACGCCAUAAAAACAUUGGAAUCAAUAAACAUGGUAAUGGAGCCAUUUAAGACAACUUGUAAUACUACUGUAGCCACUUAUCUAAAGAAAUGUAAGGAUCCAAUAAAUGGUUUUAAGAAAAAUGGAAAAGAACAUGUUUAUAACACCAUCUAUAAUAGUUACAAAAUAUUGCAAAACAAAUUUAUUGAAUAUCUGAAUGACAGCCGACCUCGUUCUCAAUACUUUGAAGAAUUACUGAUGUCUAUCAUUUUGAUGUUAGGAUCUGUAGAUUAUCUAACUAGCUGUUUGAGUUUAUUGCAAUGGAAACCAAAAUUUGCAUUGUCUGCAAUUUUAUCUAAAAAAAUUUUUAUAUUCAAAUCAGUUUUAGGUCAUAAUAUUGUAUGGGAUAAACUGUAUGCCAUAAAAGAUAUCAAGACAUUGAAGUGUUUGGUAAAUAGUUGUUUGUUGAAUAAAGAUGUAUAUGAUACAAUUGUACAACUUCAUAAUAUCCGUUGGCAAUUGAAAUGACUUGGAUGAUUUUAAAUAUUUUAAAGAGACUAUAUGACUGACAAUGUCUGUGAUAUUUUAUUUUAUUAUUUUUGAAUUUUUGUGGUAUAUAAUAUCAUUUAUUUAAUUAAGCUAAUUUUUAAUUAACUAUGUAAAAAAAUGUAUUGCUUUAUGAAUUCAUAAAAACAUUUGUAACAUCGCAAAUGUUGACAAUAGUUAAUAUACAUUAACUACCAAUUAUUAUUAUAUUAAAGUUACGUUACUAUUGUUAAAUUAUAAAUAUGUUUAAGCAUUAGUGUCUAAUAAUUUUCUUUUCUUUUCUAACUCUUUUAUUUAUGUUUAUAUUUGUUUAUAUUAUGUAUGAUAAAUAAAAAAUAAAACUAAUAUUAAUGAAAAAUAAAGUUAACGUUAAUUCCAUGGGAUGUAUUCAAGGGUA